AAGAGCCGGAUGUGAUGUGGCUUCCAGACAGCAAGCCAAAGAUAAACACGUAGUCCGACGAACAGGGGCGAGAAUUAGAAAUACUCCACAAAGGCAGCUGUAAUCCCUCGAAAUGGACUGACUGGCGGGGAGAUAGCUAUCUUAGAAAACGAGGAAACACUUCAUAAACAAGUCUUCCGUAUACAUCGGUUUGAAGCAGUACUCGGAGUCCAAGAUGGUGCGUGCUGCAUUGGUGACAGUCACUAGUCUGGCUUUGACCGCUGCUGUGGUGGCUCAUGCCUACCUCCUCAAACACCAGUUCUAUCCAACUGUCGUCUACCUCACCAAGAGCAGCCCCAGCAUGGCGGUGUUGUACAUACAAGCGUUUGUGUUGGUGUUUCUUCUGGGAAAGUUCAUGAGGAAGGUGUUUUUUGGACAGCUGAGGGCUGCAGAAAUGGAGCAUCUCAUUGAGCGUUCUUGGUAUGCCGUGACGGAAACAUGCCUGGCUUUCACCGUAUUCAGGGACGACUUUUCCCCUCGCUUUGUUGCCCUCUUCACGCUUCUACUCUUCCUUAAGUGCUUCCACUGGUUGGCCGAGGACCGGGUGGACUUUAUGGAGCGAAGUCCGAACAUAUCCUGGGUUUUUCACUUUAGAGUGUUAUCACUGAUGGGGCUGCUGGCAGUCUUGGACGUCCUGUUUGUGAACCACGCCUGUCAAAGCAUUAUCACCCGUGGAGCCUCAGUCCAGCUUGUUUUUGGCUUUGAGUAUGCCAUCCUGUUGACCAUGGUGUUGACAACGUUUAUUAAGUACGUCCUGCACACCGUUGAUCUGCAAAGUGAAAAUCCCUGGGACAACAAGGCAGUCUACAUGCUUUAUACUGAGCUUUUUACAGGUUUCAUCAAAGUGCUCCUGUACAUUGCCUUUAUGACAAUUAUGAUAAAAGUUCACACCUUCCCCCUUUUUGCCAUUCGACCCAUGUAUCUGGCUAUGAGACAAUUUAAGAAAGCCGUAACAGACGCAAUCAUGUCUCGGAGAGCCAUCCGCAACAUGAAUACACUCUACCCUGAUGCUACACCUGAAGACCUACAGGCCUCUGACAACGUUUGCAUCAUUUGUCGGGAGGAAAUGGUGACUGGAGCUAAAAAACUACCUUGUAAUCACAUCUUCCACUCCAGCUGCUUGCGUUCCUGGUUCCAGAGACAGCAGACCUGCCCCACCUGUCGCAUGGACGUCCUGCGGGCAUCGAAUAGCAAUCAGAAUGCUACACCUGCGCAGGCUCCGCCCCCUGCUCCGGUUGCCCCUGCCCAUAACGCUGCCCCACCAGCCAAUGUCGCUCCUGCCAUGUUGCCAGGCUUUCCCCCUGGCCUCUUCCCCUUCUGGGGUCCUUUCCCUCCAGUGCCUCCACCAGCAGCGCCUGGUGCUGCAGAUGCUCCACAGAGUAGCACUGAGGCGACACAGGCUGCUGGUACCAGCCAGUCCACUUCAUCCAGUGCGGACGCAGCCUCAGCAGCUGCUCCAGGCUCCACAAUGCCAGGAUUCCCUUUCUCCAUUCCUCCUCCCUUCCCUAGUGCACCGUGGCUGCCCAUGCCACCACCGCCUCCUCCUUUUAUGUCAUCAAUGCCUCCUCCUCCACCGUCUCUAUCGCGCCUGUCAGAGGAGGAGCUGAGGGAGCUGGAGGUGGAGGGUCGACGGGGCCUGGAGGCCAGACUCCAGUGUCUCCAAAACAUCCACACCCUGCUGGACGCUGCUAUGCUUAACAUCCACCAUUACCUCAGCACCGUCGCCACGCUCACUCCUCCAAGGGCAGACAGCAGCACUGCUUCCUUCUCCACUGCUGGUACCAGCACCGAUGGCCCCAGCCAAGAGAAGAACUCCUCCCCCAGCUUGAGCACAGCCACAGCCCAGAUGGAAGACUCGGCAGAUGGUGAGAGAGCGGAUAAAACUGAUGAAGGAUCAGAGGAUGAAGACGGCGAGCCCAACGCCGCUGAGCUGAGGCGCCGGCGUCUUCGGAAGCUGGAAACGGCAUCACCUGUGCCUCCAGACAAUUGAACACAUGGAGGCAAACGGACCAACAGCAAGGAGCUUUGAACCCAGAUGAUAUGUUGGUGAUGCUUUCUGAGCCCCUCCUCUCUAUGCCUCUCGCCUUCCACAGGAUCCACUUUGAGAUCACGUCAGGCUGCCGGGAUUUUUCCACUCAUGUGACUUGAUUCAUAGCAUGUUUUUUUUUUUUUUCUUCUUUUCACUGCUGUUUGGCCACACAAUAAAUAGUGGAAUGAGAGGACUGCAGGCACUUUUGAUGGACUUAACGUAGGAGACUGUUUAGGUUAGAAUUUGAUGGUUUCAUUGAUGUCGGUGCCUGCACGAUUUGUUUCUCUUUAAUCAGCCAGCUGAGUAGAAGGCUUGUGCACAGUGAUCUUUUCAAGUCUAAACAAUUGAAACAGGAUUGAAACAUUUUCUUUUCUUUGCACUUUUGCAUCCUGUUUUUUUCAACUUUGCAAGUGCUGUAACAUAGAUUUAUUCGAAUGUACAUACUGUAUAAAGAGUUUUAAUAGGGUGAAUUGUACAGAUAGAAUAAACGGACUGAUGAGCGGUGUUGGACAAAC